GUGUCCCUGCUCAUCUUUACUCACUGCCGUCUGUCCCGACAGAACGUCCUGACCUCGGAGCGCAGCUGUGGCUCCCCAGCCUAGGACCGCCCAACACACACCCUAACGGCGCACUGAGACGGGCCGUUAACUAUCUGCGGGAGAAGAAUUACGUUCACAGUUCAGCUCAAGAUACUGGCUAGGGUCCAAACUCUGAGAACCAGGCUGUUUCCACGUGAUUGACAGGCGAAGGCAGGAGGAAAAGGGAGAGAAAUGAGGGGGGAUGUCAACCGAAGAGACGGGAGAGGAGAUCAAGCGAACAGUCUGAGCCUUAGAGCGAGCUAGAUGAAGAACGAGGAGCGUUAAGAAGAGGAGAAAGCAAGAGUGCCAGGACAGGACCACAGCGCGGGCAUGCCCCAAGAAAAGUACGAGCCCCCUGACCCUCGGAGGAUGUGCACUGUUAUGUCCUCUGAGGGGGCGGCAGAUGGAAAGAAAUCUCACUGGGCAGAACUUGAAAUAAGUGGAAAAGUGAGAAGUUUAAGCUCAUCCCUGUGGUCGCUGACUCACUUGACAGCUUUGCAUCUGAGUGACAACUCCCUGUCCCGCAUCCCCUCAGACAUUGCCAAGCUUCACAACCUGGCGUAUCUGGACCUGUCCUCAAAUAAGAUCCGUAGUCUGCCAGCAGAGCUCGGAAACAUGGCGUCACUCAGGGAGCUCCAUUUAAAUAACAACCUGUUACGAGUUCUACCUUUUGAGCUGGGAAAACUGUUUCAGUUGCAGACUUUAGGCCUGAAAGGAAAUCCACUUACCCAGGGUAUAUUGAACCUCUACCAGGAACCAGAUGGGACAAGGAGGCUACUGAACUAUUUGCUUGAUAAUUUGUCAGUUUCAGCAGAACAGCCACCUCCAAGGUCUUGGAUUGUGCUACAAGAACCAGACAGAACAAGGCCAACUGCCUUGUUCUCUGUCAUGUGCUAUAAUGUUCUUUGUGAUAAAUAUGCGACCCGGCAGCUGUACGGCUACUGUCCAUCCUGGGCACUAAGCUGGGACUACAGGAAAAAGGCCAUCAUCCAGGAGAUCGUGAGCUGCAAUGCUGACAUCGUUAGUCUCCAGGAGGUAGAGACGGAGCAGUUUUACAGCUUCUUCCUGGUGGAGCUGAAACAGCGCGGCUACAGCGGCUUCUUUAGCCCUAAGUCGAGGGCCCGGACGAUGUGCGAGCAGGAGCGGAGGCGCGUGGACGGCUGCGCGGUGUUCUUCAAGGCGGAGAAAUUCACUUUGGUUCAGAAACAUACUGUGGAAUUUAACCAGCUAGCAAUGGCAAACUCCGAAGGGUCCGAAGCCAUGCUGAACAGAGUCAUGACGAAAGAUAACAUUGGCGUCGCAGUGCUGCUGGAGCUGCGAGAGGAAGUGACCGAAACGGCGCCGGGAAAGCCACGUCCUGGGACGGAGAGGCAGCUCAUCCUCGUGGCUAACGCCCACAUGCACUGGGACCCCGAGCUCUCCGACGUGAAGCUGGUGCAGACCAUGAUGUUCCUCUCGGAAGUGAAGAACAUUAUCGACAGGGCCUCUCGGAGCCUCCGACCCGGCGGGCGGGGAGAGUCCGGGGCCAUCCCGCUUGUGCUAUGUGCAGACCUCAAUUCUCUGCCAGACUCUGGUGUGGUCGAGUACUUGAGCACCGGGGGAGUAGAGACGAACCAUAAGGACUUCAAGGAGCUGAGGUACAACGAGAGUCUGACCAACUUCAGCUGCAACGGGAGGAAUGGGACGGCCACCGGGAGACUGACUCACGGCUUCAAGUUGAAGAGCGCCUACGAGGGCGGCCUGAUGCCCUACACGAACUACACGUUCGACUUCAAGGGUAUCAUUGACUACAUCUUCUAUUCCAAACCUCAGCUGAACACCCUGGGCAUCCUGGGCCCUCUGGACCACCACUGGCUGGUGGAGAACAAGGUCAGCGGCUGCCCACACCCGCUCAUCCCCUCCGACCACUUCUCGCUCUUCGCACAGCUGGAGCUCUUGCUGCCUUUCCUGCCCAUUGGCGGCGUCCACCUUCCCGGCAGGAGGUAGUCAAGCACCUUCCCGACAGCCUCGUCUUACUUGGGACCUUGCAAACGCCUGAACCUAGGGGUGAGGUAUGGCCACUAGGGAUUCCGCGUUCUUACUGGCAAUAUUGACGAGGGUACAGUAUGAAAGCCGGGUGCUAGCGACAGGAAUCCCGAGCCCAGGUGCCUCCUGUGCACAGACAGGGCCGGGUGCACCUGCCCUGCAUCUCACGAGGGGCUGUCCUCUCUGUCCCCUGCCUUGGAGGAGGAGAGGGUCCAAGCGGCACACUCUCUUCUCGCAGAACCUGCAGCACUCCUUCCUUCCGGCCAGUAAUGCCAUCCAGAGACCGUUCUUCCACACUCACUCUCCUUUUUCACUUAUUUGUAAAAUACAGAAUUUGAAUUUAGCCUUUAUGAUUGUAUAUGAUCCGCAGAGUACCUGAUUUAUGAAAUUUUGUAUUAAGAAAUCAGAUUUGGAAAUGAUUGUACUGUAAACUAAGGCUACGUGUCUUUUACCUGCUUCCCGUGUUUUAAAGGCCAGCUUGUCAAGAGGUACAGUGGCCCCUCUCUGCUGGGUCUGCACUGCCAGUGGGGCCCUUUGUACUGCUUUAUUUUUAAAUCUAAAUCUGCUUAAACCUUAGGACAUUUUCUCUGACCAGAGGCAGCUUAUUCGUGAAUUCCUAAAUUUUUAUGAAAAGUAGCUACCCUCCAGGGUGGACAAGCCGAACAGCAGGCUGUCGGCGUUCACGGACUGAGUGGAAUGGUUGCUGUGCGCUCUCUGAUACCCUAAGCGAGAGGAGGACAGCUGCGUAGGUGCAGCAUCUGCGCUCCUUCCAGGACCCCCCAUCCUGCCGCUGUCCCCGCCCGGCACUGCCCUGCACGCAGAGGAGCCUGUGCACCUUCCUCCGCGUUCUUAAAGUGCCGUGGAACAGGGUGGAGGCUGUGAAGAUGCUGCGCGGUGGCCUUUCCCGCUGCCACGGCUGAGUGCUGCAGGGAGGAGCACGCCCCGGCGCCGUCUGUGACCGGAGCACUGCUAUCGUGUGAGUGCUUCUCAUCAUCGUGGGUUCCUCAGUCUCCGAUUUUAGUCAUUCCUUUUUUCAAAGAAGUGACUUUUCAUUUAUGAAACAGUAUAAAUUAGAUACAUUUUUCAAGACAGGUCCCUAAGACAAGUCUUAGAAUAAUUUGUGAAGUGACUAAGUUAUUUUAACACGUCAGCCAAGACUAAGUUGUGCGGUGCCCUGCUUUGCCGUGGUGCCAGGAGCAGAGCAGGGGAGCCAGCUUCCUCUCGGCAGGUACCUGUCGUCCAUCCGUCUGUCCGUCCGUCCGUCCUUGCCACCUCGUUCCUCCCUCCAGCAUCAGGUGAGCUCAGCAGGGGCUGGUCCGACUGCAGGCAGUCCGCGUCAGCUGCAGGCAGGGAAGCCCAAGGUCACCAGUGAGCGUCAUGGAGAAAUACUGGCGAGUGUCACUAGCAAUUUUUAUACAGAGAGUAAAUCACUUUGAUGGCUUAAAAUUUUAUGAAAAAUGUCUGCACUUAAAUUUUCUUACUCUGUUUUUAAGAAAAAAAAUAAAAAUUACAUGUUAUUUAAACACAUGAUUCUUUUUU